GGAAGCCAUUCUGUUGUAUCAACGACUAUUGGCGCCUAGUACUAGGUGAUUUGAAGCGCAAAGCCCUACCAGAUGCCGGCUCCGCAGAAUCCAUAUGCCUCUGUUCUUACUUUGUCGUUUGGCAGAACAUAGCAUUCGAGCAGUUUAGCAUUAGUCAAGAGCCCUUGGUCAAACCGUUCGGCGAAGUAAUGCAAAAAUGGCAGAGCAGCCAGGCCCACGAUUGGCUCACGCGCGAACUCGUCUCCCUCAAGGGCGACAGAAAAGUAACGAAGCUCUUGUGUUUCGGCCUCGGCGACAUGGCUCUUAUGGCUGAAUCGGAAAAGACACGUGAGGUCCAGAUAGUAAAAAUGUGCCAGCACGCCGUCGCCGCAACCCUGGCAGAGGCAUUUAGCCCCCUCUCACCCGACAAAUUCGAAGCUUUCGCCCAGGACCCGGCCUAUAGCAAGACAAGCAAGGAGCUAUUGGAAGCAUAUGAUAUCCAAGUCAUCGGCGAGCACGGCGCUGGAGGUUUCGCGUUGAUCGAUGACGAGUCCAUCGUAUACUGUCGCUACCCCAAGGUCCCCAUGUCGCAGAUUAUCGCUGACCUGGCGCGUCCGGCAAUCAUCAUUAGACCGACAAUGCCAGGACAGUUGAUCGGUAUGUUGCAAUCCUAGGACCUGAAGAGCCCCAGGCCCCACCCCCUCUUUUCCCCCCUAAGUGGGAUAUUUCAAUGUUGCUAUCCUAGAUAACUGAAUUAUUGACUAACUCGACUGACACAGGGACGAACUUUUAUUGGAAGACGCAGAAUCUCCCCGAACUAGGGAGAUGUGGAAAGAAUACACCAUGUACGACUUCAUUACUGAGGGCUGUGACAUGGACUUGACGGGCUUGAAGAUCUUCGUCCGCAAGGCAGUCACUCAGGAUUUGUGCGACAAGGUGGAGGAGUUCUCUGAUUAUGGGGUUCUACCUUAUGAAUGCGAUAGAAAUAUACCUAGGUAUAUGCACAUCUAUCUAAGAGAAGCGGGCCAGACGAGGGAGGUACUAGGCAGGUAAUUUUUGGUAACAAUUUUGGUGCGUGGGUAGUAUAGCAAUCUAGACACUACUAUAUAAAACAGUGUUUUUCCUUGUAAACUUCAUCUUUCAUAUACAUUUACUGGUUUGGUGCAGAUCAGAGCUCGAGAAGAC